UGAAGAAAUACUUUGUUGUGUUUGUGUUAAACCUGCUGCCUAUUCAUUUCAUUUGGUGACUCUAGUUCUUCAGUUAUGAGGAAGAGUAAAUAACACUUCCUUAUUCACUUUCUCCAACACUGUAUAUGUUGGUGCAGUCAGUUUUUCGCCCCUCCGGUCAGUGUGUCUCUUCAGCACAGCAAUAAUGGAGAAGAAACUCAAUUUUUUUUUUUAAUACUGUGAAAUCACAGAAGUUGGCAGGGAGCCUCAAGGGCAGAUAUAGCAUCUGAAACUUGCUAACUUGGUUUUUGCCUCUUAGAUUUCAAGCUGAUGGUUGCUGUUCUUGGAAGCUUAUUUCCAUUUGUGGGAAGGAAAUUUUGGUUUGAGAGUCCAACUGUAUGCCUUGUCAGCCUGCUAUUAGCUGGAGGGUGGGGGAAGAGAUGCUGGGAGUAGCCCACAGUGCUUAGUUUUAUCUCAUUAAUUCACAAGUUCCAUUGAUAAGAUCAGGCUGCUAGACUCUGCAUUUCCUUAACCUGUCUCCCAGUGAUGAUCCUCUCAUUAAGACUGUAAGAUGCAGAUUCUAAAGAGUGUGUAUGCGUGAGUCAGACAAGCCACGUUAACCCAGUAUGUAGGUGCUCUCGAAGAGAUGCUCCUUGCAUUAAAGAAACACUCAAGCAAGCCUGCCCCUGAACUGCUGAAUGAAUACGCCCGCAAAGUGGACUUCUUAAAGGGAAUGUUAGAAGCUGAAAAAUUGUCAUCAGCAGCAGAAAAGGCCUUGGCAAAUCAGUUCCUGGCCCCCGGCCGAACUCCCACUACAACCAAAGAGCGAACCCCAGCUACUAAAAUGGUUCAUCUACAGACAAAGGCUCGCUACACGGGCAAGAUGAGGAGUGAACUGCUUGGUACAGAUCCCUUGUCUGUCAAUGAGACUGAAGAGCUAAAUUUAAGGAAACGGAAAGGCUUUGUGUCUGAAGAGAAGCAGUCAGCAACUGAGCUGGAUGCCGUGUUACAGCAUCAUCGCAGCAUGCAGGAGAAGCUGGCUGAAGAAAUGUUGAGUUUGGCUCGCAGUCUCAAAAACAACACUCUGGCAGCACAGAACGUUAUUAAACAAGAUAACCAGACAUUAUCUCACUCUCUCAGGAUGGCAGACCACAACUUUGAGAAGCUGAAGGAUGAAUCUGAACGCCUCGAGCAGCAUGCCAAGAAAUCUGUCAACUGGCUGCUCUGGAUAAUGUUAAUUGUAGUUUGUUUUAUUUUUAUUAGCAUGAUCCUUUUUAUCAGAAUUUUCCCUAAACUCCGAUAAUUUGCACAGCCUACAGGAGCAACAGAUAGAAAACUAGACAGUAUGUGACACUCCGCUCAUUCCCAGCAAGUCUCUUUGACCAGUUUGGUAAUCACCCACUGUAAGGCAGUUACCUGCCUCUGAUCAUAUCCUGAAGGGUGUCACCAAGGGCCUAGUCUUCCAUCUCUUCCUUGUGUCCUUACAAGAGUUGGUGGGACACCUUGUGAAAGGCUUCCUAAGUUGGGUCCCUUGAUAGCCCUUUUGCUUGGCUAAUAUGGUUAUUUUGUUUCUUGAGAAAGAAACUGCAAUAAAAAUGGCACUUUCAGUGGAAUAUCCCUAGAAAUAGAUCAUUCCAGGUGCCUUGGUAGAUGUGGUUAAGGCAAAAGCUAUUGUUCCUCUAUAAGGGAGAACAGUACACAACUGAAGGAUUAAAGGCCAUAUUUGCUAUUUAGACUUUAACAGGACCCUUGCUGGGAUUGUCUUUGUAAUCUUCCUGUAGCAGAUAUGGAGGGAGCAUUGUUAUUGAGUGGGUCCCCUUGGGUUAGAGUAGUCAAGAAGGAAAAUUAACUUCACAACCUUGCCCUUCGGCCAAAUGGACACUGGUCAUUGAAGUCUCCUGAAGCCUGGAGUUAUGGGAGAAGACUGAGGUUGGAAACAUCUAGUUUGGGAAGCUUGAACAAACCCACUCAUCUCCUCUUACAAUCACAAACCCCAACAUCCAACCAAAGUACAGAGCGUGUCAUUUACCAUUAUUCCAUUCCUUCAGGAAGCAGCUGAUGGCGGCUGUUCAGCCCUAAGCAUACAGUGUACUCUGCCGACCCUGCCUGCCUUCGCAUCUUGUUGCUUCACUAUAAAAUGAGAGUUGAGGAAGUUGGUUUCUCUUUAAAUAAGGCAUUUACUUAAGGAAAAAAUCGGCCUGUACCUUCUGAGCUGGGCUUAUUUGCAUGUUUGCUUUCCUUAACACUUAUUUUUCUAGUGGAAGAUACCUUGAAGAUUUCAGCCACAUUCUGCUCUUGAUGAAGUGCUGGCUUGCUGUACUGGGUGAAAAAGAGAGUGGUGUAAUCAUCCCACCAACCUGCUCAUAAAGAGAGAGUGUGAGAUUCUGUUUCUCUCGCCCUAACUUUGAAAGCAUCAGUACUGCAAACUGCAUGCUUUCACUUCAGUUUAAACCAUUCUCCCUAUUACAAAUUGUUACUGUUGGUAUUCUGGAUAUUGCUGUCUAUUUUGUACAAGUUUGUAUUGGUUUCUCUUUGACUUAUUUAUUACUAUAUGAUUUUCAUAAUUAGAAGCAACUGCCAUCUUCUCUCUAUAUAGCAAGUGAAUGUUGCACAGUACUAUACUGCAGCUUCUGGGGUGAUCUGUAUUCCUGCAGAUAAUGUAGAUUUAAGAGCAAACCCAUCCAUAGUAGAAUGUGUACCUUGUAAUGUCACACACAUCCUCCUUAAUGACUUCACGUUGUAAGAAAACUAUCACUGUUCCAAACUCCUGUCUUCAUCUGGUGCCUCUGAGAGGAAAGUUGAAAAGUGCUAUCUUCCUAAUUCUUUAUGGGCUAGCUUUGUAAUGCAUUGUAUAUCUAGGCUCUGAUCCUGCAGAGAGAACUACACGGGAGCCCAUUAGGCCUGCGUGGGUGAUGGGGCUCAGCCUGGACUGUUCCCCUUGUAGGAUCAGGGCUGAAGUGAGCCAACUCUAGCCUUGCUGUAAGCAGAUGAAACUCAAUCUACUGCAACGAGACUUGCACCCACUUAUGUCAAGGCCAACUUUGGUCCAGGCUGUAUUUUGUUGACAGACACUUUGCAUCCACAUUCUGUAGGGUGUAGGGUGGUGAUGUACAGAGAAAGUAAUCAAUAACAACCUGCUAGAGUUGAUAAGACUUCACGUGAUGUUGUAAAGGGUUACUGUGUCCAGAAUCAGAUGAGUGGUAUUGUUGAAAUUAUACUUUGUUAGGGUGAGGGUGACUGUGGUAAAGUGGGGGUGUGCCUGUGGAAUCCGAAGCCCAGCCCAGAAUGAGAAUACUUGAAAAGCAUCCAUUCCAUCCAGGAAAAAAUCUAGUUUCCAUGCUCCAAGGCAAAGAGAAACUUGUGUAUGUGCAAAACAGACACAGAGAAACACUUGGAAAAUGAUUCUUCAAAAUUAGGCAGGACUUGCAUUGCUCUUCUAAGUGCAGUUGCUGGUAAAAGCUAGAUAGGUGCGUCUGGUGUUUAAGUAUUUUUAAAUCGCUUGUGAGGAAGGGAAGGUAAUAGAAGAGAUCACUUUUAUGAACCACUAGGUGGCCAUGUUACCAGUGCUUCCUGCCUGCUGUGUUCUGUUACUCUCAGCAGGAUUGCUGAGAAUAGUUGUAUGAUGCUCUACAGUCAUCAAGGCUGGUGGGAAAAUGAGACUGACUACUGUUUGGGGGCUGUCUAUUCAGAGAAAUGAGCGAGAGACUGGCUUCUUGGCAGAGGUGCUAACUAUAUUUAAAAAGCAUUUUUGAUUGUACAAUUUGAUCUACAUCGGCCCCCUGUGUUAAUUCAUAAAUAGGUUACCAAACUUACUGGUUGAGCUGUAAAAAACACAUUUUCUUGUAGAUACUCACCUGCCUUCAUGAUAAAUGCUGACUUAAUUUUUGAGCAACCUGUUACCUACAACAAGCCCUGAGAGAAAUGAAAAGUUGCAGCAGUUAAUUCAUGAGAAACAUUAACUGCCCUUGGCCAGACCCCCCAAGUUGUCAAGUCAAACUGUAACGACUUAUGCAGCUGAAGUAUUUGUUGUUCACAAAUUUGUUUUUUUCCCACCUAGUUGAACUCCCCUUGCGGGAUCACUUUGCUGUGUUAAUUGGCAGCUGUGACCUUCACUUGUUUCAGAUUAAUUCAAUAAUCCCACUAGUUCCAGAACUAGUCUUCUACCAGCAGUCUUUGGAAUGGGGGGAGCCUGGAGCCAGAGAUCCUAUUUCAGCUGAGGAUUCCUCCACACCACGGGGUCUCAGGGCCCAUUUUCUUUGCCCGAGUGUGCUGCAAAGGGGCAGAGCGUUGGCCAGGAUUGGGCCACCCUCUUGAUAUUCAGCCCAAACUCUCCAUCUCCUCAGUUCAUCCCAUGCUCCAUCCUAAAUAAUUCCUUUCUCCUAAGUUUUUACACCUUCCAGAUAGUGGUAGACUGUUACAGUAUUCUCAGUUCAGUCAUCUCUUAGCCAAGUCACCGUCUGUAUCUCUUAAUCUUUCCUCAUGGGUCAGUCUGUCUAGUCCAGAAGUUGCAGACUCCCAGCACCUGCUAAGUAAAGAAUUCAGACUAGAGACAAGCCCUUGAUACAGUUUCUAGGUAGAAUCAUGACUGAUGCAAGGACUGUUGUUCAUAAGCUGAUGCUUUAACUCUCAGCCCUAUUCGGUAGCAGGCAACUCUAAGAAGGCCCCCCUGGUCACAGAGUAGCAAAGGCAGUUAAUGGAGAAUUGCUUGAUUUCCCCAAGGGGAAGUCCUAAUGAGAUGCAUUUGCUUGGCACAGGUCUGUGCCGCUCUGUAAGAGAGGCUGGGUGUUUUGGUAGGCUACCUGCUGUCAGGCAGUAAAGUGAAAACCUUUGUUAGAGACCUGGGUCAUGUCAGGCCAGUAAGCACAACAGCCUCUAGGCCUGGCAGCAGUAGUAGCUGUGAAUCAGUCUGAGCUCUGUUGGCAGUAACUCUUCAUAGAACCGUGUCCUCAGGCCACAGCUGGAGCAGAUGAUUUAGUGGAUUUCUUAGGGUGAAUGGUCUGUGGGUGUCAGCAGGUCCAUAGGCAGCAAGAGGUGAGCAUUGUACCCAGUGGUUCCUAUGGCUGGGGGGUAAAGCAGUUAGCUAGUCCUGGGUGUUUUCCAUUGGCUAUGCCAUACAAAGACUCUGUGUACCAGACCUCAUGGACUGUGGCCACCCUGCCAAAAUGGGGGCCAGCAGGGGCAGUUCGCCAAAUGGUGAAAGCAACAGACAGGAGCCUAGAGUUCUAUUUUUGGCUCUGCCAUUCACUCCCCAUGUGGCUCUGGGCAAAUCCCUUCCCUGCUCUGCCGCCAUUGUAAAUACAGGAUAAUACCUCACAUGGGUGGGGCUUCAUUCUUCAUUGCUUCUCACCUGCUAGAGAAGUGCCAGUUCUUUUGGAAUCCCAUCUCAACUGUGGUGGAAUGACAGAGGAGUGGUAUGCAAAGGGGAUAUUUCCUAGCGUAAGUUGGGACAACGUGCUGCUGGAGCCCUCAGCAUCGAGUUGGAGAGAAAAUGUGACCACCCCCCUCCCCCAACACCACAUGCUUUGUUGAUUUUAGGAUGCCCACAUCAAUGGGGGUCAUAACAAAAGGAGGGAAGCGAAUGACACAGGAGGGAAAGCCAUUUGUGUGCAUUGAACAGCAGCAUCUCACAAAGUGUAGGCUCACUUUCUUCCUUCCAUGGGACUGGCCAUGCCCUGCAUAGAACUUAUCAGUUCAUCCCUUUAUUUCCUACCAAAAACAUGUUUAGAUUCUAUCAGUAUAUUACAUUGUUACUCUAGCAGCUCGUAAAAGGGAUGGAGUCGGAGCAUAGGUUACUGCCUAGAAGUCCUGAAUGUGGUACUGUGGUAUUGCAUCCCUCCAAUCUCUGAUACACACACAUUAGUUCCAUUUCAUUCUAGCAAUACGCCCAUAACUUGCAGCAGCAGUGACUGCAUGGGCUGUUGGUUGCUGCAAAGUGUUGUAACUCAUCUGAUGAACUCUUUAUUUCUACAGCAUCCUACAAUCCCGCACUCCCUAGCAGGUGAUGAAAUCUCACUUGUAUGUGGAGCAGAUGCUAAGCAUCCCUGUGACACCUGAAUUAUGGCAGAAAUAGACCAAGAAGGAAGAUGUGGGAGGGAACCCUGUAAAGAUAAAUGUGGCUGAAUCAGGCUUCACACAUUAGAUAGUAAAUCCCCAGUGGAAGAGGGAAAUUGAACCUCAGGUGGAGAAGAAUCACAAUUCCAGAUUCAACAGUGGGAUCUUAAUGCCCAAGCUGUUUUCCUCGCCCUGUCAGUCGCACCUGACCAGGGUGCCAAUGUGAUUCUAUAACCCUGCAGCUCACUAGAAGACCUGUCCAUGCUCACCCACCUGCUCUACAGUGUUAAGGUGCGCACCCAGGAGCUACCAGUGCCGCCUCCUUUUUGUGGGCACUUAAAUCCGCUUAAGAUAGCCUUGUAUUUAUUUAGCACAAGCCAGUAAGGAAUUGACUUAUGCCACAGAGAUGUGUAGUUCUCUCAAACUGAUUUAAGAAUGUCCACACAAGAUGCGUGUGGGGAAGGUUGCACUGAUUUAGCUACAUCUGUUUCAGUUCAGCUAAACUGGUACAGCUUUUUGUUAAGCCUUGUCUAAACACAAAGAGAUCAUGUAGGCACACAGCCGUAUGUAUCCCAAGUGUAUAUCCUGGGGCGUAUAGUGUUGGGAUGUGAGUUAGGCACAUGCCUAGCACAGUGCCUCAUGGCUGUGCACUGCUGUUCUGGAGAUUUGCAGUUGAACGGACAUUUCUGAAUGUAAGGGCCUGGUCCACAGCCCAUGAGGUGAGUGGAAGGGUUCCUGUCUCAGCCACAUUCGCAUUAAAUCCCCUUUUGGAAGA